CAUCAUCAUCAUCAUCAUCUUCAAUCAGAAGAAUUCAAGAAUUCAAGAAAUGGCAACCACAGUGAUGUCCUCAUUAAGCCUAAAGCCUUCUGCAUUCACCAUUCAGAAGCCAGCAGCAGCCAAAGGCCUGCCUUCACUUGCAAAAACCUCCUUCAAGAUUCAAGCCAGUGGUAUCAAGAAGAUCAAAACAGACAAGCCUUUUGGAAUUGGAGGAGGAAUGCAAUUGAGAGAUGGUAAAGAUGCCAACGGAAGGAAGCCAACGGGAAAGGGAGUUUACCAGUUUGUCGACAAGUAUGGUGCUAAUGUGGAUGGAUACAGUCCCAUCUACAAUGAAGAAGAAUGGUCUCCAAGUGGUGAUGUCUAUGUUGGUGGCACAACAGGGUUGUUGAUAUGGGCUGUUACCUUGGCUGGAAUUCUUGGAGGGGGUGCUCUUCUGGUUUACAGCACAAGUGCUUUGGCACAGUAAAAUCUCCACAGAUUGUUCAUUUAGCAUUUGUGGUUACUAUUUGUUAUAUUUUGGUCCAUUUUAUGGAAUUAUUUAGGCAAACAUGUACAAUAUACACACAAUCUUGUUCUUGUUUGCUAUGCUUCUGAAACCAAAUUAUAGUUUUCUUCUAGUUCUUUC